GUUGAAGUUCCAUGAUGCCCGACAGACCCAGACAGGCUUGGCAUGUUUCGGCGAUGGUAACCGAAACGGACCAUCAAAUCGUCUCCAACUUGAGUGUUGAUCCAGGUUGAAGUCCGCGACCGCAAAGAGCGAGAGAAACCCUUUCUUCACAGCGCUCCCGAAGCAGACCCGGCACCUCAUACUUCGUCUUGCAAGCUAUUCUCGGACUAGUCAACCCCCGUGGUGACCGUUGAACACCCCUCGAUCCAGCCAGAGAUGCGGUGACCGAUACCAACGAAACAGCUUGUGUCCGCAAUGGAUGCCUACCCGGAAGAUUAUGUCGCCCACAACCUUCCAUUUAUCCUGCUCUCCGGUCUCGAGGCAAGCUCGGGCGAUGAUCUGCAACACGUGCGGGCCGACUAUCCUCUCCUCCGGGAGAAAGGCGUGAAGAUAUACUCGGAUUUCCCGCCGUUGAGCGGCUCAGUCGCGGAGGAAUUGCGGCGUGUCCUUCUAGAGGAAGAUGCUUCCCGUGUCCCAUGGGACCCUAGAGAUGGCGCAUAUGCAAACCCAACUAAAUUCGAGUACAAGAUCAAGAGUGUUGGACGGUCCUACAGUCUCCCCCCGCGCAAAGCUGAUCCCCCACUCUUAUCUACCCCGACUAGCCCAACGGCCGGACAAGACAACGACAUAUCGCGUGGAACGUCCUUUAUUCUCCACUCUCCCAUAUCUCCAUUGACACCCAGCUCGCCGACUUUUCCUGAUGGUCUGCUUAGCCCUCUAUGGGUCACGAAGCACCAGGACCUUGUUCCUGCGGCAGUCAUCGACUUCUUCCCCUUUUGCUUCGACCCUAAUAUGAGCUCGCUGCGCGACAACCAACUCAAGAUAGAAAUAAAUGGAUUGAAAAAAGAAUGGUCCGCCUCUGGCUACAAGACUCGGUUUAUAGUUGUCCUCCUGUCGGAAGAAAGCACAGGCAACUAUGUUGGGGAUGCUGAGGACAGAAUGGCAAGCAUUCGGAGGGCAACCAAUCUAGACCAGAAAUCCAUCUUUCUCCUUCCAUCCGAUGCAACUUCGGUGGAGUUGAAGGAAUUCGCAACGUCCCUGUUGUCUCUUCUUCAGCCAUCGGUGAUGGAAUACUACCGGGAUCUGUCAAAGCACGCCAGGCGCAAACGAAACCGAGGCACCAUUCCCCCGCCGACAGCACCUCCGACAAGUGGAACCUCCCAGACCUUAUCGACACAGGGGUGGAAUGUCCGAUACGAAUUCAAACUGGGGAUCUUCGCGGAAUUUCGCCAAGAGAUAGAUGCGGCCUUGAGAAACUACGAAAGCGCAUACGAGACUCUAUUCGGACAAGAGGUAUUCGAAUACAUCGCUGGCUGGAACCCUAGAUUCAAUGAUGCGCGACUUUUGGGCGACGCAUUGGCCAUACGCAUCAUCCGCUGUUUGCUAUUGACGGGACAAACAACUCCCGCGGUGCGGUCUUGGACCAGUCAUCGAAACCGUUCACAAGACAUUAUCAAUCGUCGAGGCAAGGGCACCAAAAAUUAUGGCUGGGAAGCAUGGGAGGCUAGAUGGUCCAUGGUAAUGGCUCAACUAGUCCGUCAAGCCGGUAUUCCCCACUUCACCUCGGUGGGUAUCCCCCAGGAUCAGUUUCAAGAGCAGUACUCAAUCUUCGUCCCACGUGACAAGUCGAUAGCGACUCCAGACGCGUACAUUCCGUGGGAACAGCUUCACCACGAGGGAUAUUGGUUUUAUCGAUCUGCACAGCACACCAAAUAUCGUCGAAUUUUGGCCGAGCAGAUUCCAGAGGAUGAUCGAUUAUCUCCGGGGCAGUCUCCCGCUUCACAGAUCGCAAAUAAGUCUUAUUUGUAUGACACCUACUUGGUGCCCGAGCCGCAUGUCGAAGCACCCCAGCCAGGAGCGAGCGGUUUCAAUCACUCAUUGCUAAGAAUAAAUACAUUGAAAGCGGCACUCGAAGAGUUCACUAAGAGAGACCAAACUAGGAAAGCAGAGAGUCUUUCCUUGGAGAUCGCAGAAGAACACAUGCGUCUGGGUUCAUGGUCGGAGGCUUAUGAAAUUCUUCGCCCUCUGUGGCCGACUCUGUCCUGGCGACGCUCGGGCUGGUGGCAGCUCAUGGCACAAUUUGGUUGGGCCUUACGGGAAUGCGCCUUACGAGUACAUGACAGUGAUAUAGUUCUGCGGGUUGACUGGGAAUUGCUACAUAAGGUAUUCCCACCACGACCUGAGUGGCCUUACGACCUUCACAACAGCCUUGAGAGCAUUCCUUUAGUGGAGCCCAAGCCAUCGGUUGUCUUGCGCGCGGAGGAUAUCGUAUCUAGCGUCACGGCGUCUUUCGUAUUCCAAAGACCAGAAGGGAAUGUCGGCGAGCCCUUGAAGGGCCAACUCGUAAUAUCUUCUGGCGCUCAGCCUUCGGCAAGCCCGAUCAGGUUCUCCGAGGUUAAAGUCGUUUUUGAAGGUUGCCUUCGCCCAAUAAGACUUCAGUCUGACGACAACUUGGAUGCUGAUAAAACUACCCCUUGCACAAUAUUAUCGCCUUCGCUACGUGACCCAAGUAUAGCAGAAGACCCAUCGUCUCUCCAAUCACCCACUAGUGGGCUGACAGCCUUGACUGGGGUUGCGGAUCUGACGCUUGGCCCUUCUCAGACGAAGGUGUAUGACAUUACAUGCAUCCCCAGAGAAGCUGGGGAGUCGCGAGUUGCGUCAAUAACGUUGACAGUCGAGGAAGAAAAGUUCGAUCUUGCCAGCGCUAUAACUGAUCUGACGCCCCAUGAGUCAUAUUGGUGGCAGCAGACUUCGAAGGGCCCCAGCCGACGACGCGUGGGUAAAGGCCGGGAUACUGGCCGGUGCAAGAUAUUGCCCAAACCGCCAAAGAUACGGAUAGAGCUACUGAAUCUCCGCGAAACGUACUACACGAAUGAACAAAUUGUUCUCCGGAUCGGCAUCCAUAACGAAGAAGACGAAGCUGCAGAUGUUUCCGCUGAGACUAGGCUUUUCGGACGUCCCGAGUCAGCGGCCAAGAUCCGGUGGCUCGACGAGGAGAGUCCCUCGGAGACGCACAGCUCUGGAGAAAGCACCCCAACGGAGGGCAUUUCUCAUUAUAUCAAACGGACGAUAGGGGUAAUGGAGCGCUCCUCUCGUCAAGAGCUAGCGAUUGUGGUCGCCGACACCAAUGAUGCUUCGGAUUACGAGCUAGAAAUCUCUACCGUUUACAACCUUGUCUCGGAUAUCCAGACGCCCAUCAUCGCAACCAUGCGUGUUGGCUUAUCCAUCAUCCGGCCGUUCGAGGCUAAUUACGAAUUCCUCCCACGCAUUCAUCCUCAGCCCUGGCCGGACUUUUUCACCGUGGACGACGAUUUACUCGCGAAGGAGGGGGAGGAAAACAAGCCUGGGGGUUUGCAACAGAGAUGGUGUCUCAACUCCAAGGUCGUCUCUUUUGCGUUGGAGCCUCUGGUGAUUGAGAAGAUGUCAUUGAUGUUACUCGGACUCGGCGGCGCAGCCACCAGUCACAUCGGGCCGGAGGAGGUCGUCAGCCCCGAGGUGGUGGAGAUGCAUCCAGAGGAGCUUCGCGAGUCGAACUUCAUCAUAGAUCUUCAGAAGGAGAUCCUGGGUGACCGCCGAUCUACAGCCUUGAAUCUUGCCCUAGAGAUCCAGUGGAGGCGGAGUGCAGCCGACGAUGGUCCACUCCCCGCCGGUAGCGCCGUCACCACGUCCACGCUUGCUAUCCCCCGGUUUGUGAUCCCAGCGGGUGAGCCUCGGGUACUCGCCUCGGCCAAAGCCUCCAAGUCACUGUCCGGGUUGAUUCAUCUCGACUACACGCUAGAAAACCCGUCCAUGCACUUUCUGACAUUCAAUCUGAACAUGGAGGCCAGUGAGAAUUUCGCGUUCAGUGGGCCGAAAACGAUGGUGGUCCAUUUGGUGCCCUUGAGCCGGCACACGGUUCGGUAUAACCUGCUAGCAUCCAAACGAGGGUUGUGGAUUCAGCCUCAGCUGCUCGUGGUCGAUACGUAUUUCAGCAAGACGUUGCGGGUGCUUCCGACGGAGGACAUGCGGUCGGAUAAGAAAGGGGUAUUGGUGUGGGUGGAUGCAGAGGAUUAGAGGAGCUAUAGGGGGAUUGAAAUAGCGGCUGAAGCGAACCUGUGUGUACUGUCUAGAUAUGCUCCCUACUCUGUAGAUGAGAUAGCAUCACGUGUGCGCGCCCUUAUCACGCGCGGCCCGAAACGGCCUAGCGGCGGCGAUCGGGACGGCGCCCGCAGCUGGGCCCAAAUCCGGAGAGCAGCCCGGCUGCUGCAG